AUGAGCGACUUCUCCUGCUACGGGGGUGCCAGCAAGGAAUGGCAGGCCAUUAAGGCCGUGCUGCCGCCCCAGAUGCAACACCAGUCGGCAACGGAACACCGGGAUGCCAUCAACAGAGAGCGCGAGAAGAUCACUGCCACCGAGUUCCAGGCGCUGGCCAAUCUCGUCGACACAGCCGACUACCACAUUGCGACCCGCGACGGCUCUGGCACCAUCGGGGCGCGCUCCUACUGGCCCAAGACGGUCCCGCGUAACCCUCGACCGGCCAUCUUUCUCUACAUGCAUGGCGGCGGCUAUAUGUACGGCUCUCUGGCUACCGAAGAUGCCACGGCUGCCCGGAUUGCCGUUGGCGCCGGCGUCGUCGUUCUCAGCGUCAACUACCGCCACACACCAGAGCAUCCCUAUCCGACAGCUUGGCUCGACUGCCAGGACGCCUUCCUCUGGCUACACGACAGGGCCACUGACCUCGGCAUCGAUCCACGUCGUGUCGUCGUUGGUGGCAUCUCGGCUGGCGGCCAUCUCGCCGCAUCGCUCGUCCUCGAACAGCAUCUCGGCCGACUGCCGGGCGACAACGUGGCCGGCCACCGCCUGCCGCGCAUCGCUGGCCAGGUACUCAUGGUCCCCGCUCUCGUACACCAGGACUGCUACGGCGUGCUACAGUCCCGCCUCGCCAGCCCGGCCGUGUCGUCGCGCGUCGAGAACGCUGAGGCGCCCGGCAUCCCGUCCAUCACCCUCCGGCUCUUCACAGACCUGCUGCAAGUCGACCGCCCCGACCCCUCCGACAUCAUGCUCAAUCCUGGACUCGCUCAUCCCAGCCAGGUGCGCGGCUUACCGCCCGCUGUCUUCGGCAUCUGCGGCUUCGAUCCACUGCGCGAUGAGGGCCUUCUGUACGCAAAGCUGCUGGUCGAGCAAGGUGUUUCCACCGAUGUCCAUCUUUUCAAGGGUGUCCCUCACAGCUACCGGCGCUACGGCAACUUGGCGCUGCAUCAGGACUGGGACGACGUGCUGGAGCAGGGAAUAAUUUGGGCGCUGUCCGAGCCGUCUCCCACCGGUGGUUUCCACGUCAAUGUUCAUGAAUAUUUGUUUGGAUUUCUCAUGAUGGCUGCGGCAGCCGUGGACGUGGGCUACUUGUCCUCGCACCUCGGCGUGCCCCAAACGAGCCUCUCCACCGCCCUGACCGAGCCGACCGUUGAUCUGAUCCAGGGUAUCCUCGACGCCGUAGCGACCAAGGCUCACGAGCUUGACAGCCUAUACGCCGACAAGCUCAAGAUCGAGAUAGAGUAUGAAAGCGUGGUGCGCAGCUCCGAGGCUCGAAGUGACUCUUUCAAGGCUGCUGCCGAAGGCAGCCGUAAGGAAGUCGAAGACCUCAGGCGAAAGCUCCAGGACGAAGAGAACGCGCGACGUGCCAUCGAAAACGAGCUUCAGGCUCUCAAGUCAUCCGGGGCCAAUUCUCAGGCAGAUAUCGAGCGCCUCGCCAGCCGCAACGCGUCCCUGGAGGCUUCUAACCGCGACACCCUGUCUAUUCUCGAGUCCAAGACGUCAGCCAACGCCGAGCUCGCCGAGGAGUUGCAGGCCCAACACCAGAAGAACCUCAAGCUGGGCCAAGAAAUUACCGCACUCCAGCAAUCUGUCCAGAAUGCGCAGUCCGGUGUCAGCAGCGCCAAGUUUCGCGAGCAGUCGCUGCAGCAGGAGCUCGAGUUCGCCCGAAAGAACAACCAGUGGUUCGAGACCGAGCUGAAGACCAAGGCCGAAGAGUCGCUCAAGUUCCGCAAGGAGAAGGCCGCCCGCAUUGCCGAGCUCCAGCGCCAGAAUGAAGAGACACAGUCGAACAUCGAAUCGCUGAGCCGCACUGAGAAGCAGCUGCGCACGCGCCUGGAAGAUGCCCAACGGAAAGCCGACGAGGCUCUGUCCAAGGUGCAACAGCUUCAGGAAGCCGCCGCACGCAACGAGGAAGGCUUCCGCGCCGAGCUGGAGUCGUCCAACCGCCUCGUCGAGCUGAAGGAGCAGCAGACCGAGACGCAUCGCAAUCGGUUACGCGAAGUGGAGCUACGCCUCGAGCAGGUCAAGGACGAGUCGGCCGACGAAGUGCGGAGGGUCCGCCAGGAGAUGGAGCAGAUCAAGGAAGACCUACAGCAGGCGGAACAGCGCGCCCAGCAGCUCGAGGCCGAAGUCGAUCGGCUCCAGGCUGUCUUGGCGUCUCCCGUUGCUGCUUCCAGAGUGCCGCCCGGUUCGGCGCCCCAGACACCCCGCGCCAACGGAACCGGGAACGGUAAUGCCGGAUGGGCUGCGUCGCCAUUUGGUACGCCCGGCUCCAUUCUUCGCGGCAAAUCCAGCAUCACGGCGGCACAGGCGAUGGAAGAGCUCUACAAGACUAAGGGCGAGCUCACGCGCGAGAGGAGACGUACGCAGGAACUGUCCCGGGAGCUGGACGAGAUCAUGAGCGCCCUGGAGGCGAAGAGCCCCGAGAUCGCUGAUCUGCAGGAAGAGGCUGAGCGCCUACGGACCGAGAAUGUGCAAAUUUCGCGGCUGUGCGAGGAGAGCUUCGGUGAGCGUGACGUGGCCAAGAAGGCCGCGAAGAAGGCAGAAGCUAGCAGCAUCACGGCACAGGCGGAGAUCGAGAUCCUGCGCACCCAACUCCGCGACCUCAGCACGCAGAUCCAGCUGCUCGUCUUUAACCUGCAGGCCCGCGAAAAGGGCCUCGGCGAGCUUUCGGAAGAAGAAGUGCAGCAGUUCGAGCGCCUCCAGAAAGGCCGGGUCACCGAGGGUGCCCUAGACGACCUGUCGGACACGCACCAGUUCAUAUCAGAGCGGUUUGUGGUGUUCAAGGACAUCCGGGAGCUGCAGGAGAAGAACGCGGAGCUGCUGCGCGUCACACGCGAGCUAGCCAACAAGAUGGAGAACGACGAAGCCUCGGAGGCCAAGCGCCAGGCAGAGCGUGACCAGGUGGAGCUGAAGACGCUCCGCGACACUGUAUCUCGGCUUCAAGAUGAGUCUAAGUCGGUGACGAUCCGGAUGAAGAGUUAUAUGACAGAGCGCGAUAUGUUCCGUCGCAUGCUGCAGCAGAAGGCCAGCCUUGCCGAAAUCAGCUCUGUUCUCGGCGGGUCGGUCGACGGCAGCCAGCGCGAGGUGCUCGCUAGUGUCGAGCGCCACUCGACAGCGGAUGAAGGAGAGCUGACUGUGGCGCUCCGCGAGCUGCAGAAUAACUUUGAUUCGUACCGCAGCGAGCAGGGCGUGGACCGGAAGACGAUGCGCAGCCAGGUGGAGAAGCUGUCGAUGGAGAGAAGCAGCUUGCACGCGGAGAUUGCGCGGGUCAGCAGCCAGCUAACGCUUGCAUCUGAGCGCUACGAGAUGCUCCAGUCCAACUACGCGGCGCUGGAGACAGACAACCGGGCGCUGCAGGAGAAGAACCAGAGCCUGUCGGAGUCGUACGCCAAGCAGGACAUCCGGACGCAGCAGGUGGCGAUGGACCUGGUGGAGGUGCGCAGCCUGCUGGAGAGCAUGCGCAACGAGAACGCGAACCUCAAGGCGGAGAAGACGCUCUGGAAGGGCAUCCAAGACCGGCUGAGCCAAGACAACGAGAGCCUGGGCGAGGAUAAGGCGCGAUUAAACAGUCUGCUGGCAUCGCAGCAGAGCUUGCUCAACGAACGCGAGCUGUCGGAGUCGGAGAUGCGGCGGCGGCUGCAGGCGCAGAUCGACAAGGCGGAGGCGGAGCUCACGACGACGAAGAGGAAGCUCUCGGAAGAGACGGAAGAGGCGAAGAAGCUGCAGCUGCGCAAGGAGUACGAGGGCCAGGAGGCGCAGAAGCGGAUCGACGAUCUGAUGGCGACGAUCAGCCAGAGCAAGGAGGAGUUGGUGGCAACCAAGACGAGCCGAGAUCACCUCCAGGCACGGGUCAACGAGCUGACGAUCGAGCUGCGGAGCGCAGAAGAGCGGACGCAGAGGCUGCAGCCACGGCCGACGUCGAGGGUGCAGAAACAGGCACAGGACGAUGCGAACGCGGACGCGGACGAGCAGGCGGCGACACAACUGCAGGAGCUGGAGGCCGAGGUGGCCGAGCUCCGACGGGAGCUGGAGCUGACGCAGUCGGAGCUGGAAAGCACCAAGGCGGAGACGGCAUCGUACAAGGACAUUGCGCAGUCGGCGGAGGAAGACCUGAACAGCAUCAACGAGUCGCAGGAGCAGUACCGACAGGAGAUGGAUGCGGCGCUGGCGGCCAAGGACACGCGGAUCCAGGAGCUGGAGCAAGCGGUCGAGGGGCUGUCGGCAGAGCUUACCAAGUCUAACGGCGAGCUCAACACGCUACGGGACUCGCAAGCGGAGCUGGGACGGAAGCUGGAGGACGAAAAGCGAAUCCUAGAGUCGGAGAUCGGGCGACUCAAGGAGGUGGAGGAGCGAGCAAAGGACGAGAAGAAGUACCACCAGUCAGACCUGCGGGCGCAGGCGGAGAUUGCAAGCAAGGCGCAGCGGGACUACGAGCAGGAGCUGGUGAAGCACGCGGACGCGGCAAAGCAGCUGCAGGUGCUGCGGGCGGAACACAACCAUCUGCGGACGGAGGCGGCGUCGUGGAGGGCGGAAGCGGAGUCGGCCAAGGUGGCGCUGAGCCAGAGCGAGUCGUCAUGGGAGGAGCGACGACAACAGUUUGAACAGGAGGUGUCGGAGAUGCGGGCACGACGCGAAGACACCAACGCGCAGAACAAGCUACUAGGACAGCAGCUGGAGAGCGUGACGGCACAGAUUGCGAGCCUACAGCACAGCCGGGUGUCGAUGGGAGAGGCAGACGGCGAGGGAGCAGGCGGAUCAACGCCGGCAGCGCUCGCAGACACGGCAACAGAAGGACUGCGCGAGCUCAACAGCUACCUGCGGCGCGAGAAGGAGAUCCUGGAGGUGCAGUACAACCUCAAGCUGCAGGAGACGCAGCGGCUGCAGCAAAAGGUGGAGUACGGACAGGCGCAGCUGGACGAGGCGCGGCUAAAGCUGGAGCAGGAGAGGCGGUCGCAGGCCGACGUCAGCCGAUCGUCACAGACGCACAAGGAGCUGAUGGAGAAGCUGAACGAGCUGAACUUGAUCCGGGAGAGCAACGUGACGCUGCGGAACGACAACCAGAAGGCACAGGCACAGCUAGGGCAGAAGGAGGUGCGGCUGCAGGAGCUGCAGGCACAGCUAGAGCCGCUGAGCCAGCGGGUAUCGGAGCUAGAGAACCAGAAGCAGUUCUUGGAGGAAGAGAUGCGGCAGAUCGGCGAGGACCGAGACCGGUGGCAGAAGCGGACGGAGAGCAUCCUCAGCAAGUACGGACAGGUGGCGGAUGCGACGGAGAUGGAGCAGCUGCGACAGGCGAUGGCACAGGUGGAGGCAGAGCGGGCGACACUGCAGGAAGCCGAGGCAGCACAGCGACAGAAGGUGCAGGAGCUAGAGGCGACGGUAGAGACGGAACGAGGCCAGUGGCGGGAGAGCCGACAGAAGCUGAUCGAGCAGGCCAAGGAGAAGGCACGACAGCAGGGAGCACAGAUCCGCGAGCUGAUAGGACAGAAGAACGAGCUACAGGAGCAGCUGACGGCAACGAGCUCACGGCUGGCAGCGAUGGAGGUGCUGGAGGGAGAGCUGACGGGAGCUCGAGCAGAGAGAGAGGCGCUCGAAAGUCGGAUCCGGGAGCUGGAGGUGGCCGUGGUGGAGGCGAGUGCGACAACGACAACGACGACGAUGCCGACAGACGAGAUGCCAAAGGUGUCGGCAGCCGAAGCAACAGACGGCGUCGAAUCCUCCUCACCAGAAGACGUCGAGAUGGGCGGAUCAGGAGGGCAGGUCAGCCAGCGGCAAGACGAGGUGGACCGGCUGCAGACGGAGCUGCAGACGAUGCAGGCCGAAAAGGCAGCGGUGGAGCAGGAGCUGGCAGACGUGCGCAGCCAGCUGGAGGCAGUGGUGCGCGAGCGGGAUCAGGCAUUGGAGGUCGGCGGCGAGGGAGCAGCACCAACAGCAACAGCAACAGCAGCGACCGUAUCAGCAGACGAGAGGGCAGUUCUGGAGCAGCGGGUGGCGGCCGCCGAGGCCAACGCGGCGGUGUUUGAGCAAAAGGCCAAAGAGGUGGAAGACAACAUCCAGGCGAUCCUCAAGGAGCGGUCGGACAAGAUGAAGGACGCGCUGAACCGGCGGCUGAAGGAGUCGAAGGAGAAGGGCGAGCAGGAGCUGCGGGAAGCUCGCGAGAAGCUGCAGGCUGAGCUGGAGCAGCGGCUGGAGCAGGAGAAGAAGACAUGGACGAGUGAGGGAGCAGGAGCAGGAGCGGGAGCAGGAGAAGCACCAGGAGCACCACAGCCGCAAGUUCCAGUCAAAUCAGAGCCUCAGACACCAAUGAUGGACCUGUCGAAGCUGGGCGACGCGGAGACACGCGACCUGCUGGCGAGCAACGCGACAAUCCGCAGCAUUGUGGCGUCCAACAUCAAGAAGAAGAUGGACCAGGAGAGCCGGCGAGUGCGGGAAGAAUUGGAGCUGGUGGUGCGAGCAGAGUUCGAGGGCAAGAUUGCGUCGGCACGGGAGACGGGUCAGAUGAUGGCCGAGAAGAAGUCAUCGAUCCGCAUCAACAUGGCGGAGAACAAGCUGAAGACGGCCAACGCGAAGCUGGAAGUAGUGUCGACAGCGGCUGUGCAGACGCCUCAGCGACCGGUUGUCGAAGUUUGGGCUGUGGCCAAAGAUGCUCGGCCAGCGCCUGUUGUGGUAGCAGUUCCAGCACAAGUUGUCCCAGCGACUCCGGCGACUCCGGCGACUCCGGCGACUCCAGCAGCUGCGACAGCACAAGCAGCCCCGAUGACUCCAGUCCAGACAGCAGCUCCGUCAACUCCUGGACAGGAAUCCAAGCCGGUCAUUGUGCAGGCAGCUCGGCCGGCCAACUCGAACCUGCCAGCCAAGCCAGUCGCUCCAGGACAACAGCAACGGCAGCAACAACAGCAACAGCAGCCAAAGUCUCUGCCUGCAGCAGUCAAUGCUACAAACAUCAACCCGUUCAGCGGCAAGCCAGCGCCUCCGUCGUCACUGCCCAAUCCUUUCCAGAAGCAACAGCAGCCAGCGGCUUUAGGACAGCAGAACCAGCAGGCACAACCAAACCAGCAGGCACAACCAAACCAGCCAGGCCAACCAAACCAAGCAGGCCAACCAAACCAAGCAGGCCAACAGGCCCAGAACCAACAGACUCACAAGAACCACAACGGCAACAGUUGCAGCGAGCAGGGCGACAUGUCUGUGCAGCGGUGCCAGCUGAGCGUUGCGGCCAGCACUGCUGAUGGUGGAUGA